AGCAUAUAUCACACAAAUUUUGCUUUUGAAUAGAUGAGAGCUGAGUGAAUCCAGCUUUGUCUAGUGUAAUCUUGGGAUAUCAAAUGAUGUCAUGUUGAAAUGAUUUUGUAUUUUUCAGAAAUGUUUGACUGCAUCCACUGGUGAUUCAGCAUGUUCAUGGAAACAUUUGAGUUUGUAUUACUGGCUCAGUUUCAUAUCCUUGCAGAUGUUGUUGUGAUGACUGGAGAUCUCGUCGAUGGAAGUGUUGCAAGCCUCAGGGAAGCAGUGGAACCUGUUAAGGAUAUUCAAUCAAAGUUUGGGAAAUAUUAUAUAACAGGCAAUCAUGAGUACUAUACAGGUGAUGUAGACAAUUGGUUCUCUCACCUCCGUGGUCUCGGCUUUAUUGUAUUACACAACAGUAAUGUCCGACUUCCCAGUGAGAAACUACCCACCAACCAACAAAUUUGCCUUGCUGGGACAGACGAUAUCCAUGCUUUAAAGAUAGGGUAUGGUGAUCAUGGGAUGAAGCUGGAUGAUGCUCUGGGGUCAUGUGAUCCAAGUCAGCCAGUAAUUCUGCUUGCCCAUCAGCCGAAGGCAGCCAAGACUGCUUUGGACUCCAAAUACAGAGUUGAUGUUGUCCUGUCAGGUCACACUCAUGGAGGACAGUUCUUCCCAGUGAUGUUUGGAUCUUAUUUUAUGCACCCCUUCUUUUCCGGACUGUAUCGCUAUGGUGAAUCCAGUCAUGUCUAUGUGUCGAUGGGUACGCAGUAUUUUGGCAUCCCUAUGAGGAUCGGAACAACCAUGGAAGUCACAAACAUAAUACUCAAGCAAGCUCUGUGAUAUUAUACGUGUAUGGGUAGAUGUUUGCAGGGCAUGUAUUUCUCAGUAAAAUGCCCAAUCUCAGAGGUUUUGGGUUUGGGGAAGAACAUAAAUAGAAAAGACAAAAACACUAAUUCUUAAUGAGCUCUGGUUGAUCAUGUUGAGAGUACAAUUGAUGAGAAGACUGCAGGGCCUAGAUUUUCAAAGUUCUCUUAGCUCUAAGAUAGUCGUAAGUGCCAUUCAUUAACAUUAACCUACGACUAUCUUAGUGGUAAGAGAGCUUCGAAAAUCUAGGACCAGGAGUAUAGAUUUGACAUAAUGUCACUUGUGUAAUUUUGUUACAACACAGCAAUACGGAUUACAUCUCACAUGACAUUAUAUGUUGCUAUUCUUUACACAUUCAUAUGACAUUAAAUUGUGACAUUAAGACACUACCCUUUACAUUUUAUUGCCUAUGGCAUUUUGUGACUUUGACAUUAAUAUUAUACAUGCCAUUACAAUUCAAAAUAUGUCACCAUCAGAAAAUCUUGUACUUGAUAAUUGACAUUAUAUUAAUUACAUUAGAAGAUCAGACCAAUCUCAUUAGAAUUUGAUCUUUACCUCAGCAUGAUUGACAACCCCUUACAUUAGAAGAUCACAUCACAUUAAAUGAUACUUGACCUGACCAAUAGAUGAGUUCUUGAGCCAAUCACAUUUCAAGUUACUGAAAUGAAAAGGCUUCAUCCAUUCAAAAAAUGUUUCUAGUACAAAAUAGAUUAAAACUAAAAUGACUGGAAAUUAAGGUAAAUGCCAGGUCUUCACUAGCAUUAUCAAAUGUUUUAGUACAGGCUGCAAACAUGUUACUCAAGGCAUAACAUUUUAGAUAUCUGGUCACCAUGAAAUACCUUGCAAGUGUAAGACCCUGGUAAAGCUUUGCAUAUUUGACCAUGAAAUAAGUAAAAAACAGCUUUAAAUCUGUGAAACAAGACAAGCUUUACUCUGGAGAUUGCAGUGACAGUCUGGUUUGAAAGGGAAAAACCCUUUCGAUAGCAACAAGAAAUCUUGACCAUGAGCAGAGUCAAUUGUAUGACAUCAACUGAGCCAUGAGGUUGUGUUUAAACAUCAAAUAGUGAUGAUAAAGGUGUUUGCAAAAUAUCUAAGCAUAUCCUGCCUCACAUCCUGUCACACAUCACAGAUACAUGCAGAGGCAGGGCAAUUGUCCACAGGAACAUCUGGUUCAAUAAAUAAAAUUUGCAAAUGUCCUCCAGUUAUCAAAAUCCAUAAAAUAUUUUGUAAGCUGUUGUGAGGCCUUGAAUGUUCCCAUGGUUACCAGGAGAGAAGACUUAACAACAUGCUUUGAAAUCAGAUGCCUUAUCAUGCUUACUUUAUGAAAUAUUUUAGAAUUUUGAUGUGACCAAAUACAUAUUUCAUGUAAGAGGGUUCAUGUAUUAUAGAAUUUCCCAUGUUUAAUGUCAUACAUAUCAUAUCUGUGAUAAAUUUCGUUUGAUUAUACAUUCCAUUUUAUAAAUAUUUUUAUACUAUAUACCAUGAAGUUUUGUUUAUUUGAAUAGAAUAUCUGUAAAUAUCUUACAUUCAGUUCCCCAACUAAAGUCACAUAUGUGUGAAAAUUGUUGUAUUAUUGCACAUUAAGAAUGAAAUGAUUCUCUCAGGUGUUUCAUCAGGAGCCCUGACUGAGUAACGUGGUGAAUGAGAUAUCUGAUUGUUGGCCUUGGUUUUGUGAGCCAGGUUUUAUAUAUAACUUUUGUUGUAAUAUUUACAUUUCUUUGCUUUGAUAAAAUAUUUUUUAUUUCUUCUUGAUGGCACUAAAUCUAUUUUUUUUAUCAUGUCCAGCAGCUUGUAUCAUGAGUGCUUGGUCCUGCCGUGGACACUGAAACCCAGCAGUUGACGGGUACCUGGUAGGACAAAAUGUUAAAUUGACUCUAAACCUUCACAUUAGUGUCUUGAGUUGCACAAAUUUGAAUUCACAAACAUGUUUUCAUUAUCUUGAAAAGUUGUCAACAAUCAUAACAUACUUAAUACAAAAAGGUUUUAGAUCCACCCUUGGACAAAAAUGCAGAACAAUGUUUUACUGUAAGUUUGGUAUUAUAGCAUUAAGACAUUACACACAUGCACAGCUCAAAACAAGUCUAUACCCACCAGCAAUGCCUGAUCAAGUUAGUUAGUUCUUUCCAUUUUGUAGUUGUUUCCGUUCAACUGAUAGCGAGUGAUGUUGUACAUUGCUAAAUAUUCAUUAUUGUGUAUGCCUGUUUCUUUUAUAAAUGCAUCUAAUACAACAUUAUGACAGUUCUGAGGAAGAAAACGGCACAGUGUGGAAUGGUUUCUUCCUAGGGUACGUUUCUGUAUUCUGAUUUUAUCUAGGGUACGUUUGUGUGUACCUGGGGUAUACCGUGCUGACAACGACCCCAGGAGCUGUAGUUUUGGACGGCUGCUCAGCCAGGUAUUCAUGUGACACUGUGCAGAAUAGUGGAUAAGUUAUGGGGAUGUUUGCUGAGUAGAAGCGUUCUGUUUCUUGUUCUUACUGUUGCUUGACCUUCCAGAUCUGAUUGUAUACUUCAGAAAAUAAUCAAGUAAACUACAAUAGUCAUGAUAUAUUUCCUGCCUAUCUCGAACCAUCAUAUGUGUGUUUUUACAAUACAUUGCUCACAAGUAUUUUAACUUUUGCACAUGGUAUGGGGCCAUACCAUGCGUAAACACAACAUGUUAAAUCAUUGGCAUCACAAGUAUUGACAGCUUAUUCGAGCAAUAAAUUUCUAAAAAGGCCGUAAAAUAGUACAUGCCCACUCUCAGAAUAUGUCCUUUCCUGUGAAUAUAAGUUGUUACCUUCUGGUCAUCUGCACCAGCCAACAUCUCUGCUCUAAAUCAAUGUCAUACUUAAAUGUACACUUUAAAAGUUCUUAAUGUUCACUUAGUGAAUUUAUUGUUGAUAUAUAUACAAAUAUGUACAUUUUUUCUUACACAUAGUUUCUCUUAGUAGAGUGCUAUGUUUACUUACGACGUAACUGUGAUUUGUUCUGUUAUUUCUUUAUAUGUGUUUUAGUGAUGUCUGUAUUCCAUGUUUUAUAUGUUUGAAACUCUUUAUGAUGAAAGACACAUUUAUUUUGGGACAAUAAAGUAUAUUUUUUUCUUUUCUUAUCUCA